AACACACUGUCAUCCGUCAACGCGUACCUAUACCUAAUAUUUUUUUAAGGAAAGCGUUUCUAACCUUUUUUACAGAUUAUUGCUCAAAGUAAUACAUUCAAAUAUAACAAUUUAGUCCAACUAACAGCGGAUAAUUAUACUCUAAGGAUGGCUGAAGAUUUAGACGUUGAGGCCAUGUUAGAAGCGCCGUAUAAUAAAUCGGAUAACACGUCCUCUUCAAAACAUCGGUCGGACAAGUAUUCUGAUAAACACAGAGACAAAGAAAAGGAAAGCAGUCGAAGAAGAAGCCGAUCAAAAGAUGGGAAAAAAUCACGUGAUAAGGAUAAGGAUUCGCGCCGUUCAAGGGACAGAGACGACAAGAAGGACAGAGAUCGUGAUAGAGAUAGAGAUCGAGAACGAGAACGUCGUGAUCGCGAUAAAGACCGUAGUAACAAAGAUAAAGAUCGCGAUAAGGAAAAGGAACGUGAGAGAGAAAAAGAAAAAAGACGUAAUAGUAAGGAUAAAGAGCGCAGUCGAGAACGAGACAGAAGUAGAGACCGCCGGACAAACAAAAAGGAGCGUAGUGAUGAGAAAGAAAGAACAGAAUACAGGUCUAAAUCAAGAGGUGUAGAACCUAAACUUGAUGACUUGCCACCUGAAGAGAGAGAUUUACGCACAGUGUUUUGCAUGCAAUUAUCUCAACGUAUUCGAGCCAAGGAUUUAGAAGAAUUUUUCUCAUCUGUUGGUAAAGUAAGAGAUGUCAGACUUAUUACAUGUAACAAAACCAGAAGAUUUAAGGGAAUAGCAUAUAUCGAAUUUAAGGAUGCUGAAUCUGUUCCAUUGGCACUUGGAUUGACAGGGCAAAAAUUACUUGGUGUUCCCAUAAUUGUUCAACAUACACAGGCUGAGAAAAAUAGAGUAGGAAACACAUUGCCGAACUUAGCACCAAAAACUAGCAAUGGCCCAACAAGAUUGUAUGUUGGUUCCUUACAUUUUAAUAUCACUGAAGAUAUGUUAAGAGGAAUAUUCGAACCUUUUGGAAAAAUAGAUCACAUCCAAUUAAUGACUGAUCCUGACACUGGGAAAAGCAAGGGCUAUGGAUUUCUAACAUUUCAUCAUGCAGCUGAUGCAAAGAAGGCAAUGGAACAACUAAAUGGAUUUGAGUUAGCAGGCAGACCUAUGAAAGUGGGUAAUGUAACAGAACGAACGGAUGGAGGUUCUAGUACACGCUUUGAUGCUGAUGAGUUAGACCGAGCUGGUGUCGAUCUUGGUGCAACGGGACGCUUGCAACUCAUGUUCAAACUUGCCGAAGGCACUGGGUUACAAAUUCCUCCUGCUGCUGCUUCUGUGCUCAUGGGAGCAGGCUCAACACUAGUUGCACCACAACCACAAGUAGCUCCACCAAUUGCAACUCAAUGCUUCAUGCUCAAUAACAUGUUUGACCCAGCCACAGAAACAAAUCCAAGUUGGGACAUUGAAAUCAGAGAUGAUGUUAUCAGUGAAUGUAAUAAACAUGGAGGUGUAUUACAUGUGUAUGUUGACAAAGCCUCGCCCCAAGGCAAUGUAUAUUGCAAAUGUCCAACUAUAGCAACUGCCGUUGCGUCGGUCAACUCCCUACACGGGCGAUGGUUUGCAGGUCGCGUCAUUACUGCAGCAUAUGUGCCUCUUGUCAAUUAUCACUCUUUGUUUCCUGACGCAAUGACCGCGCUCACCUUGCUUCUACCAACUCGACAACGAUAAACUACGUACAAUUUUAGCAUUUACUGCAAAGCAAUUUAAAUAUAAUAAAGACUAUUGAGUUAACAUUUUUAUUUAGGAUAUCUAGUGGUGUUCUGUAUUUUAGGCAAUAUAAUAACACAUUAUAUGUGAUUUCAUCAAA